AUGGAACCGAGUCGAGCGGAACAGAAGAGCCGCCAUAACGCAGAUCGCCGAGUCAGAGAGCUUUACCGCUACUAUCAGCCCGUUGCGCCUUGGGCCCCAAUUCCAUCAUGGCUGAUUUCAGGUGAUGCUUUACCAUCGGGUGGCUUAUUGGGAACGUCCCCAGUAAACACUCCGCCAAAUCAAGAUAGCUCGGGCGACUCGAACAGCAGCAGCACUUCACGACCAGCAACCGCAGUUGGCCCAGAAGGGCUUGUACUGGGCACGUCGAAUAAUACAUUGACGGCCUUUGCACAAUUGGCAGCGUUACGGCUCAAUGUGGAACGGGCUUUUAUUUGCGUGCUCGAUCGAGACAAACAGUAUAUGUUGGCAGAAGCGACCAAAUCUCUCAAUUUGAACGACCAAUCACUUCAUGAUAAGCAGGAUCAGCUUUGGAUGGGGUCUACUGGGAGCCGCAAAGCGUGGAGUGUGUGCCAGGAUACCGUUGCCUUAUCAUCGUCGGACCGUGAAAAUGCCCAUUAUCAAUACCUGGUUGUCAAUGACAUGACCGAGAAGGAGCGCUAUAAGCGACUUCCAUUCGUUGAAGGCGAACCGAAAUUCAAAUUCUUUGCGGGAACGCCGUUGACAACUGACAACAAUGUCAAUUUGGGCUGCUUCUUCGUCCUAGACACCAAACCACGCGACGGAUUGACUGGAUUGGAAAAAGAUACACUCGGAUCAUUGUCUAUGCUGGUGAUGGACUAUAUGAAGAUAUGUCGCCAAGCAUCAGAGGGUCGACGAGCUGCGCGUCUCUCAAGGGGAUUGAGCUGUUUUGUCGAGGGAAGCUCAAGCUUCGUUGACUCCGUUGACCCAUCCCGCGCCGACAGCACUAGGCCAUUCUCUACGACUCCACCAUCCACCAACAAUCGAGUCAGCAUGUUUGGUGAUUCUAACCAAUCUCGAGAAAGGAAUAGCGUUGAGCACGGUUCACAAGAAGGCUCACAGGAUAAUGCAUCUCACAUGGCUUCGCACAGCCCGCCAAAUGGCCGGUCCUUGAGUAACGGGGCACGUUCCUAUAGCUCAGGCGCUUCGGAAUCCAAACUCGACACAGGGACUUCUGGUGGGGCAAGUUCCCUUCCAGAGUGGAUCACAAGCAGCAGCCGUAACCAACUGCCACCAGAUGAUUCCCAGGGCAACUCUUGGUGUUUUCGCCGUGCCGCAAACCUGCUUCGCGAAAGCCUUGAUCUCAGCAAUGAUGGUGGUGUUGCUUUCUUUGAGGCGAACAAUAGCCCUCUGCUUGAUGUGGAUAGUGGGAGUGAUUGCUCUACUGAAUCAAGUGGGCCUUCUUCCCUCCUUUCAUUGUCCACCAAUGAUAUGCCAUUUUCAUUCGGACACUCCGAAUCUCUGUCUACACCUGUUGCAAAUCUUGAUCGAUCAUUCCUGGCGGUGCUGCUUCGGCGCUAUCCCAAAGGCAAACUUUGGUCCUUCAAUCAAGAUAGAAUAAUAUCCUCAUCCGAUGACGAUGACCAGAAAUCUCGUGAUGGCGCUUCUCCUAUCCCAAAUCGAUCCUCAUCAGGCGCUCAGUCAUUCAAGUCGGUUUCUAAGCGACGAAGAGCGGCGGAGAAUACCAUCCUCAAUCAAUAUUUCCCAAAUGCCACACAAAUCAUUUUCGUACCCCUAUGGAAUGCAGUGAACUCUCAGUGGUUUUCAGGAUGCUUUUGCUGGACCACUGAGGAGACACAAGUUUUCACAUCUGCAGUGGAACUUAGCUCUGUCAUGGGAUUUGGAACGUCAGUUAUGGCGGAGUACAACCGUAUUGAGUCACUCAUCGCAGAUCGCCAAAAGGGAGAUUUCAUCGGCAGUAUCUCACAUGAGCUUCGCAGCCCGCUGCAUGGCAUUCUAGCCGCAGCUGAGUUUCUGAACAGUACUCAGCUAAAUGAAUUCCAAAACUCCCUACUUGAAACAGUCAAUGCAUGUGGAAGGACACUUCUGGACACAAUGAACCAGGUUCUUGACUUUAGCAAGGUUGUUUCGCUUGAACGGACUUGGAAGUCCAUCAAACGGAGGAAAGAGUCUCCGCUUGAUUUUAAAGGAACAGACAAGCUGUCAUCACAUUUGGAUACCUAUGUGGCUACCGAUAUCGCCAUACUCGCUGAGGAGGUCGUGGAAGGCAUUUGUCUGGGGCAUGCAUAUGGCCAAAACUCGAAUGCCGCUGCUGACAUGCCCGUGGUCAUGCCUAACCAUGUCCUCAAGCCUCAGAAUUCCCAGUGCAAAGUGGAUGUUUCCAUCGACAUUGCCCAAAAUGAUUGGGUAUAUCGAACUCAACCUGGAGCUUUGCGCCGGAUCAUAAUGAAUCUGUUCGGAAAUGCAAUGAAAUACACCGAUCAAGGACGAGUCACUAUUAGCUUGGAGGCUUCCAGUCAUUCAGAGGGGCGUUCGCGACGUCAAGGUCUUGAAGACCAUGUGACGCUCACGGUUACGGACACUGGACGUGGCAUAUCAGAGGAGUUUUUACGCGGAAAACUGUAUACUCCAUUUGCCCAAGAAGAUUCACUUGCAGUGGGAACAGGACUUGGUCUUUCUAUCGUUCGCAGUCUAGUCAAGGCCUUGAACGGUCACAUUCGCAUCCGCAGUCGCCCUGGCGAAGGAACCAUCGUUCGCGUGUCUCUUCCAUUGGCACGCCCAGUAGGCGAGGAAAGCCCACCGGUCGAACCACAUGCGUACUAUACGCAGCAAAGGGAAAUUCUCAUGCAAACACUCUUCGUUCAGGAAGGUUAUCCUGACAGGAAAGUUGCCUUUUGGGGUACGGACCCUUCCAAUUUGUCAGAACCUUGGGUUGACAUUGCUCGGUAUAUGACCGAAUGGUUUGGCCUCGAAAUUGUCCGCUGGCCUCCCCUCAUGCCUAUCGAUAUUCUUGUCGUUCAGGAGUCCGACCUACCUGAGUUGCGGCGCACCAUGUCUGCGAAUCUUCCGGCGCUCCUGAUCCUUUGCAAGAGAUCGAUCGAUUACACCCUAGCUCGCUCCGAGUGGCUACCUCUUUCCUCAUCCGUUGAUAUCAUUCGGCGACCAUGUGGGCCCCAUAAGUUAGCCCGAAGUCUACUCAAGUGUCUUCAGCAUGGCCAGCCAGCGGUUGUCACGCCGGCCUCUGUCAUUAGCAACCCGAUGGAUCUGCCAAUACGUCAUGCACCCGAAUUCCCUGACAUCGAAUCUCCUGAACUCACGUCUCCCUUAACGUCACCCACAGAGCUGGCUUCCAUAGAAUUUUCCGCCAAUGGUCCAUCAUCGGCAGGAGCGUCACUCAAUGCACCCUCCGUGAUAAACGCACCGCCGGCUGCCAACGUUGCCGCGCCUUUACCGGCUCCUCUGGCACAAAGCGCUGUGGGUCCCCUGCGACCAUCACGUGUUCUAGUUGUUGACGAUAAUCUGAUCAACCUCAAUUUGAUGAUGACACUUCUGAAGAAGCGCAAGCUUACCGUCCUAGAGGCUGCUGAGAAUGGCAAGCUGGCGGUUGAGGCAGUCGAGCAGCUUUCAACUGGCUUUGACAUUGUUUUCAUGGACAUGUCAAUGCCGGUGAUGAAUGGAUUCGAGGCCACCCGUGCCAUUCGUUCCUUGGAGAGAGACCAGGAUGGCCGUGUACCAGCUAUCAUCAUCGCUCUAACGGGACUGAGCAGCUCCCGUGACGAAUCCGAAGCACUAGCGUCUGGUGUCGACAUGUUCCUCACCAAGCCGGUCUCCUUCAAGGAGGUCUCACGUCUUAUUGAUGAGUGGGAGAAGAAUGGAUUGAAGCAUGAGAGAAAAUCUGCCGCUUAA